GGCUGGCGUAAGCACAGCGGGCAGAGCUGAGCUGGGUGGAUGGAAGCUGCCUGCCAGAUCUUCACCUGAAACAGAAGCUUCCAGUUGGGUUUCUUGUAUGACAUUUUGGCUUGAUGUUUGUAGCUCUCUAAAGUCGGGUGACUUUGAGGUUGGGUUUUUUUGUGAGUAGCUGUGUCUUCUGCAUGCUUUGGAGGAAUAGAGAUGUGAAAAAGAGGCAGCAUGAUGGUGUGCAAGAUGUAUCUUGUUGAGGAUUCAUGGUUUGGGGUCUCACUAGCUUCACGGAUGAUCUGCACAAAACUUGCAACUCUGCGUCAGCCACAGAUGGACUCUCUGCAACUUCAUUUAUAGAAUAUCCAAAGUACAAGCCAUUUAUUAAUUCAGAUUUGCUGCGCUCCCCACGGAAACCAGUAAUUCCAUAUCCUGAAAGCAACAGCAGAGCCAUAUUUUCUGCUCUGAAGAAUCUCCAGGAAAAAAUUCAUCGACUGGAGUUGGAACGGCUUCAGGCAGAGGAGAAUGUAAAACACCUCAGCAGAGAAACUGCAGACUACAAAAAAGUACUAAGUGAACAAAUGCAACAUAAAGAGCAGGACAAGACUGAAGUGUCAAAGAAAAAUCAAGAACUGGCUUCUCAGCUGGCAGCUGCUGAGUCUCGGUGCAGCCUUUUAGAGAAACAGCUGGACUACAUGAGAAAAAUGAUCCAGCAUGCAGAAAAUGAGAAGUCACAUCUGCUGGAGAAACAGGGUUCGUUGGAGAGAGAUCGGAUUCUUGAUCAAUCACAUGUUCAGUCUAAAUUGGAAAAGCUGGAUAUGCUGGAAAAAGAGUACAGCAGACUUACUAUGAUGCAGUCCAUAGCAGAGAAAAAAAUGAAAGAGCUGGAACAUAAGCUUCAGGAGGAAGAACAUGCAAGGAAGCUUGUUCAGGAAAAAGCAGCUGAGCUUCAGACAGGCCUGGAAACCAACAGACUACUGAUUCAAGCAGCAUCACCGUUGCUUUCUCCAAAAGCAAUAAAACCCAGGAAAAAAACUAAGCAGCCAGAGAAGAAAUGUUCUACAAGCCAUCUCACUACGCAGCCCCAUUACAGACUGUGUCUGGGUGAUGUACCCUUUGUAGCUGGGAAGUCUACCAGUCCCAGUCAUUCAGUUGGUGCCAACGUGCAACAUGUCCUGCACCUGAUGAAACAACACACAAAAGCUUUGUGUAACAGUCGUGUGGUAAACGAUAUUCCACUAGCAAAACCCAUCAGUACCAGUCAUCCUGCCAGCAAAAGCAGAAAGUCAUCUCUUCCAAAGGAUUCUUCUUCAUCCCAGGAAGAGCUCUCAGAAGUGUUACUGACUUUACAGGAUGAAUUUGGACAGAUGAGUUUUGAUCACCAGCAGCUGUCAAAGCUUGUCCAGGAAGCUCCAACCACUGCAGUGAGGGAAGAUCUGGAGAGGGAACUUGAAGCACUGGUGGGAAAGAUGGAAGCAAAGGCAGACCAGAUCAGCAAAGUUCGCAGACAUCGGCUGCAGCUAGAGAGACUUAAGAGAGAAUGCAAGUCCAGAAAGACUUCUGCUAAACAAGUAAAAGACAGCAGGUUCCCUGUUAGUGAGGUGAAAGUGACAACUACUGUAACCACAAAAGGAAAGAAUGUUGGUCCCAUCAAAGUGAAACCUGGAGAGAAGAGUCGGAAAAACCUUCAGUUGUUGAGAGACAUGCAGACCAUACAGACUUCACUACAGAAAGAUGAUGUCAGCUGGGACUACUGACUUUUCUGCAGGAGAUGUUCUUGAACCACCCCAAUCACUUUCUCACAUUCUGGAUAUAAAGCAGCUGCCUUUCUUGCUGUGUGAAAGAGACUACUGUAUGCUAAGUGCACUUUUGAAAUAUGGGCCCUUAAUUCUCCAUCCCUGGGUUUGAUUGUAUAUAUUAUGGUCUAGCUUAAAACACAUUCCAUUUUUAAAGGUACCCGGCUGCUGAAUCUAACCACAGGCCUUCACCAGUUCCUUUUGUGUUACAGUUCCAGCAGUCCCACCAUUUCCCUUCAGCACACCAAGCACUGCACGUUUGUGGGGGUUGGUGUGUGUGAAAUGUCAGCGCAAUUUCAUGCUGUUGUUGAACUGGGCGUUGGGAGGCUUCUCAAGAUGCAUCCUGUCUGAAAAUGAUGCUGCAUCCCCAAGUCUUAAGGGCUUUUGUCAGUUCUCUUCUGUGUGCGGCUGCAAUUACUCAAACUCUCGAGAGUGUCUGAGAACAGGUACACCCUUGUAAAAGCGUUCUAUGGAGCUCUCAAAAAGCUUUCCUAAUUCUUGUUCUGCUACAUUGCAUUAGUCAGUAUUAAUGGCAGUGGAUGUUUGAGUACUCAAAGGAGCAAAAUAACUUUUCCAAAUUAUUUUGCUUAAUGAUUGAAUUCUUUUUCAAGUCUGAAGAAUGAAAUUUUUCUACAGAAAUCCUACUUUAUGAAAGAGCUAUAGGAUAGGGGAUAAUAUCCUGUCUCGUAGUUCAUAGCUUUGGGUGGUAAAGCAGUGAAAUAAACCACAAAUGUUUUAAACUGCAAGUGCCUCAAUCAUGCCAUUCAGUCCUGGCAUCUUGCUUUUAACUUGAAAUGUGCUUUGAUGAGCUAUCUACUUUGGUAGUGGUGCAAUUCAUUUUGCACUCUCACUUGCACAGCUGAGUAAAUGUUAUUUAUUAUGUUAAUAAUGUAAAGAAUUUCCUAUUAAUGGAAUAUAUAGAAGACCCAGAUGACCCAUUUAUACAGUUGAAAAAUAAUAAAGCCAGCUUGCCUGUUGAAUGAUUUGCGGGAAACCUGCACUUCCUCUAAGCUGACUUGGUGUUUGCUGCAGCACUGUGCCCUGUCCAGUGUGGUGACGGGACAGCUCCCUGGUCAGGGUGAUGAGUGUGAGCUGUGAGCAGGCUCCAGGGAGGCGGGAGCUGGAGUUGUCCACCUUGCCUGUAGCUGAACAGGCAGGGAAUUCUGUAGGGUCGACACAGGCAGAAGGGACUUGAGUUUUCAUUGCCUGUAGGUGCUCCAACUUGCCUGCCUCCUGCCAUCUGAGGCACAGGAUGUUUUAGCUCUGCGAGGCAUCAGAAGCUGUUAACCAGGCCUGGAGCCAUACCCCCCCUUGACUCCAUUUAUGUUAGAUAGGGGUUCCAGGUAGCUCGAGUAACCCCUUGGGGAGCGGUUCAUCCUGGAGGUUCUGGAAAAUCAGUAGCUGAAACUACACGUGGUCAUUUUGCUCAGGAAGGACCUCUGGGGAUGGGCUUGCUUGAAGAUGGGUUAAUGUCAGCGUUACCUCUGGGUGUCCUCAUGCACACCUUACCGGUGGAGGGCUUUGGAGUGGUUUAGGCACCUCAUUAUGGUAAAUGAGGUGCCCAAGUUGGACUUAAGCCCUCCAGGGGUGAGAGCAUCAAGGAGCAAGCACAGAGUUGAUCCCAAAUCAUCACAGUGAAUUUGGGCUUAAAGUGAGUUAGAAAAAUGUGAAUCCUCCUUUUACACAGAAGUUACUGUGCUAAUGCACUACAAAGUGCAGAAUUUGUUUGAAUUUUUGUUGUGAAAGUAUUUUUGUAAUAUUGAGCAGCUAAGCACUGUAUCUGUAUUCAUACUGGUCUGUAUAGGAUAAGAUGAUGAUGAAUUUUGUUUUCCUGUCAUUUCUGUCAUUCCAAAUUUCAAUGUUUGAACAUUAGCAUCUUGCAAGACCAGCUGCAAAAGAAUGAGAGAGAUUUUGAUUUGAUACACUAAAUUUUCAGUGCUAUUUU